AUGGGGGUAGCACCCAAAUUGAUUAUCACUGAUCAAGAUUAUGGGAUGAAACUUGCUAUUCAACAAGUACUUUUACAAACAAGGCACCGAUGGUGCAUGUGGCAUAUUAUGGUUAAGGUGUCAGAUAAGUUGCCCAAAUCCUUGCUUGGUAAUGAAGAUUUAAAAAAAGAGUUGAAUGCAUGUGUUUGGUCUGAUUUGUUAGAGCCUGAUGAGUUUGAUAUAAUAUGGAAUGAUAUAAUGGAACGGUAUGGAUUAGAAGACGUGCACUGGUUUGGAUCGAUGUUUGAAUAUAGAGAAUUCUGGGUUCCUGCUUAUUUUCGAGAUUUUCCCAUGGGGUCGCUUCUUAGGACUACAUCGAUGUCUGAAUCAGAGAAUAGCUUUUUUAUAAACUACACAAAGCCUCGUGCAAAUCUUGUACAGUUCAUCAAUUUCUUUAACUGUGCUGUGGGAGAUCAAAGGAAUGCCAAUUCACGAUUGAACUACUUGGAUUACUCAACUAUCCUUGAUUUGUCAACCCAAUUGCCUAUUGAGAAGCAUGCAUCUACAAUCUACACUGAUUCUAUUUUCAAACAUGUACAACAGGAAAUAAGUAUGGUAUGUGAGAUUGUUUCGAUAACUGUUGAGGAUAACAUCAAGAUGCAUAAGGUCAAGGACCAAUAUGGUAGAACAUGGGAUGUUAAGUAUGAUUGUAAGCAAGACACAUUCGACUGUAGUUGUAAGAAGUUUUCCAGAAUUGGUUUGUUAUGCUGUCAUAUAUUUUGUUUGUUGAAGAAUAAGUCUGCUAAUCUCAUUCCUGAGAAAUAUUUUGGCCGACGGUGGUUGAAGAGCUCUUUACUAAAGGCAGCCCAUGGUCUACCAUCUGAGGAGUUACAACCAUUUGAAUAUUUGGAUGAAAAGCAGGGAGUUAAAAAAAAGUUGUUCUCCAACUUUUUUCGAUUAGUCCAAAAGUCUGAGGUAAGUAUGGAUCAUCAGUCUUUGUUAUGUGCUGGUCUUAAUGAUUUGGAAGAGCAUAUAUUUGGAAAUUGUGCAAUACCUUUAGUCAUUGAAAAGAAAAAGAUGGUUGAGGAAUUUUAUGUAAUGGCAGUACCUGAUGUAAUUGAUGUACAUCCUCCAGACGUUGUUAGAACCAAAGAAUCAGCUAGUGACAAAGUAUCAAAGAGGGAGAGUGCAAUAAGGAAAGCAAAUAAGCCUCUACGACAGUGUGGUAAAUGUCAUGAGAUGGGUCGUCAUGAUUCAAGAAAUUGUGGUAGAUUCAAUGAAAAGGCAGAUUGA